AUGUCAGAAGACACAUAUAUACCGCAGAAGAAGGGUAGUCAAGAUGAAAACGAGCUAAAGAGACGUCGGUUAGAGGCGUCUCUCUACGACUUUUCGGGCAAAAAGGCCAACUCGCUGGAGUCUGGGCCGGCGUCGAUAUACAGCAACGUCAAGGAAAACGUGCCUGCUUGGAUGAAGAAGGGCGACAAUAAGGAGCUCAAGUAUGAAAAGUACGCCUCGCUCUCGGGCAAGACCGAGGAAAAAGAUGCAGCAAGAGCACCGCCACCACCGGCGGCCAGAGCGAGCAACUCGUCUGCGUAUCUGAAAUAUGGAGGCGCCGAGCCCUCGGCCGAUGCGCGGAUGAACAGAGUCAAACGAAGUCGAGAGCAUUCGGAGCAAACUUUGUUGGCGGCGCGAGACCAUAACGAUGGUGAUGGCAACAGCAACGUCGCAGGCACCAGCGAUGAUCCCAGGCGUGGUCAACGAAAAGAAGAGGAACAACGAGAAGAAGGAGAGCAGCGAGAGCAGCGAGAGCAGGACUCGAACGAGGAGGUCAACGUUAGUCCGUAUUUGCACUUGGACGUGGCGAAUCCAUCGGUUAACCACGCUCAAAAAAAUACCGAGCAUUACCAUACUUUCCAAAGCAAAAUAUCGGAUAGAGAGAACCGAGAUAUCAACAGCAUUGUGCGUCAACAUUACAAUCAAAGAACGCAACAGUCGAAACGACAGGGCAAGAGGACCAACUCGCCCAUUUACAAGUUGCGAAACUUCAACAAUACCAUCAAAUACAUGCUUUUAGGUAAUUGGGCCAAGUACAGUCUGGAAGGGUCGCCGCCCAUGUUUUCCGUUCUCGACUUGUGCUGCGGCAAAGGUGGUGAUUUGAACAAGUGUGAAUAUAUCGAGAUUGACCAGUACAUUGGCAUUGACAUUUCCGAUUUGUCUGUUCGAGAAGCAUACGAGCGGUAUUCCAAGCAGAAAGCGCGCUUCAAAUCAAACUCGCGCUCACGCACUGCAGACCGGUACAAUUUCGAGGCCUGCUUUGCCACGGGGGACUGCUUCACCACGGCGAUACCAGAUAUCUUGGAGCCGAAUUUUCCAGGCAUAAUCGAGCAGGCAUUCCCAGUUGAUGCAGUUUCGACUCAGUUUGCACUUCAUUACGCGUUCGAAACCGAGGAAAAAGUGCGCAUGCUCUUGACAAACGUGGCCAAGUCGUUGCGAACUGGCGGCGCAUUCAUUGGUACUAUACCUUCUUCCGAUUUCAUCAAGUCUAAAAUCGUGGACAAGACAUACCACAAGGACCAAAACAAUAAAAUCAAAUUUGGCAACUCGCUAUACUCGGUCACCUUUGACAAGGAGCCGUCUCCCGAUGGCGUGUUUCGGCCCCCGUUUGGAAACAAGUACAGCUACUGGUUGAAAGAUGCCGUUGAUAACGUGCCGGAAUACAUUGUGCCGUUUGAAACGCUACGGUCGUUGUGUGAAGAGUACAACUUGAUCCUAAGGUACAAGAAGAACUUUAUCGACAUUUUCAACCAGGAAAUACCAAAGUAUUUUGGCAAACUCAAUCGCAACUUGAUUGACGGGUUGAAGCGGAGCGACGGAAAGUACGGCGCAGAGGGAGAAGAAAAGGAAGCUGUAGGUUUCUACAUUGGCUUUGUCUUUGAAAAAGUGGGCUGA